AUGCGUUACAGUGCAGGUAUUCAGAUCAAGCGCUUUACCACGAAGCUCAGUUCGCGCAGGACUUUGCUAAAUACAGUCAUCGCACUCAACCCCGACACUUUCUCCUGGUUUUCGAAAGAGAACCGCGAGGACCGGACGAAGUUCGAUCAAAAAGGGAUGAAAUGGCUUGACCCAAUACUAGCACCCGGUCCCGGCCGGCCCGAGUGGGAAGAACCGACUCGCGAAGCAAUGAAUGAGGCGACUGAACGAUACCCUAAUGACGAGACACUGGUGAUACAGAUGCGCCAGGAGAAAGAUGAGAACAGGCUGAGCUUAGGAUAG